CCAAGGGCGGAGUCAAAAGACCGGUUACUUCGUAACUAUGAAGGUGAUGCAACCUCGGCUGAUAUUGGCGGAAAAACCCAUAUUUGUACAGUAGCCGCGUCCGUCGGGAGAAAGUCCAAACGCACGGUUCUGCUUUCACCUGAUGGCGUCAGAACCGCUGCGACACAAACCGCCGCUGUUUGCUUUGAAGCAGCAUAGAAAAGUUUCUGGAUUAGGGCAGAAUUAACACAAAGCAGCGACGCCACUCAAGCUACACUCGCAAAAUAACUGAGAAAAGGCAAGACUCGGGGCCCGAGACGGAGCGAGCGCCACGGCGGGGUGAAGACACUCGAGUGAGGAGAACGUCUGAUAGCACGAGGCGAAGGAGUCCAUCCCAGUGAGAGAGGGAGAGAGAGAGAGGAAGCGACGCAGCAGAGGCAGCGCGCCGGCAGCAGAGGCAGGGGAGCUUCGACAACGACGUCCUCAAGGAUGGAGGAGAAGCAGUUUGCUGGGAUCCUGAAUGGAGCGGUUCCAGGCGAGCCAGUGAAAAAGGAUGAAAACUCCCGUCGAGGGAACUGGGGCAACCAGAUUGAGUUUGUCCUGACCAGCGUGGGCUACGCUGUGGGCCUGGGCAACGUGUGGCGGUUCCCCUAUCUCUGCUACAGAAAUGGAGGAGGUGCCUUCAUGCUCCCCUACUUCAUCAUGCUUGUUUUCUGCGGCAUUCCUCUCUUCUUCCUUGAGCUGUCGUUCGGACAGUUCGCCAGCCUGGGCUGUCUGGGAGUCUGGAAGAUCAGCCCCAUGUUCAAAGGUGUGGGAUAUGGCAUGAUGGUGGUGUCCACCUACAUCGGGAUCUACUACAACGUGGUUAUUUGCAUUGCCUUCUACUACUUCUUCAUGUCCAUGACGAACCUGCUGCCAUGGACCUACUGCAACAACCCCUGGAACACAGCGGACUGCACAGGGGUGCUGGGCAGUGGACACCACCUCAACGCCAGCCUGGCUAAUGGGACCAGCAGCCUGGUCACAGGGGUGUCCGAGGUGGUCAACCGCACCAAGAGGACUAGUCCAAGUGAGGAGUACUGGAAGCACUAUGUCUUGAACAUUUCGGACGACAUUGGGAACUUUGGUGAAGUGCGUCUCCCUAUCCUGGGCUGCCUGGCCGUGUCCUGGUUGGUCGUCUUCCUCUGUCUCAUCAGAGGAGUUAAAUCUUCAGGAAAGGUUGUGUACUUCACAGCCACCUUCCCAUACGUGGUGUUGACCAUCUUGUUUAUCCGCGGCAUCACACUGGAUGGAGCCAUCAAUGGCAUCAAGUACUACCUGACUCCACAGUGGCAGAAGGUUCUAGACGCGAAGGUGUGGGGAGAUGCUGCCUCGCAGAUCUUCUACUCCCUGGGCUGUGCCUGGGGUGGGCUCAUUACCAUGGCUUCCUAUAACAAGUUCCACAACAACUGCUUCAGAGACAGCAUCAUCAUCAGCAUAACCAACUGUGCCACCAGUGUGUACGCUGGGUUUGUCAUCUUCUCCAUCCUGGGCUUCAUGGCAUUCCACCUGAACGUCCCUGUGUCGGAGGUGGCCGACCACGGCCCGGGCCUGGCCUUCGUGGCCUACCCAGAAGCCCUCACUCUGCUCCCUAUUUCGCCACUGUGGUCAUUGCUCUUCUUCUUCAUGCUCAUUCUUCUGGGUCUGGGGACUCAGUUCUGUCUGUUGGAGACUCUGGUGACGGCGAUUGUUGACGAGGUUGGUACUGAUUGGAUCAUCAGGAACAAGACUGUAGUAACGCUAGCAGUGGCUAUAGUGGGUUUCCUACUGGGAGUGCCAUUAACCACACAGGCAGGAAUCUAUUGGCUGCUGCUGAUGGAUAACUAUGCUGCCAGUUUCUCUUUGGUCAUCAUCUCCUGCAUCAUGUGCAUCUGUAUCAUGUACAUUUAUGGCCACAGGAACUACUUCAAAGACGUUGAGAUGAUGCUGGGCUUCCCUCCGCCUCUCUUCUUUAAAGUCUGCUGGAGAUUCAUCUCCCCUCUCAUCAUCUCUUUCAUCCUGAUCUUCACCGUGAUCCAGUACAAGCCCAUCACCUACAACGACUACGUGUAUCCUGGCUGGUCUCUGGCCAUCGGCUUCGCCAUGGCCCUGUCCUCCGUCAUCUGCAUACCUGUUUACGCCCUUUACAAGAUCUCAAGGUCCCCAGGAGCCACCUUCAGAGAGCGGUUGAAGCACGCGUGCCGAUCGCACCCAAAGUGGGGCCCAGCGCUCCAGGAGCACCGGACGGGCCGCUACGCCCCCAUGGCCUCUGAAGACACCGUGGAGGCCCGUCCCCUCCACCAGAAGGAAGAGCUGAAGGAUGAGCUGAAGGAGGAGGGGAAGGAGAAGGAGAAGGAGCGGAAGGAUGAGAUAAGCCUCACCAUCCAGGGAAGCAACGGCUCCACCAACACAAAUAACAACCCCAACCCCAGUGCAUAGACGGCUGGGACGGCACGGCAACCAUCUCCUCCUUAGGUCCCUCAGCUUUUCCUCCCUUCUCCUCCAUCCUCACACCACUUUCCCACAGUCUGUGGGGGAGAUCCUACUCGCUGGAGACCUUUACAUAUUGUAAGGGCUUAUUAUAUCUAUCCUAACCUCUUCUAUCUGUCUACGUGUUGUCGCUAGAUACAUGAAGGAAAAAAGCGAAAGGAAAAAACAGUGGGUCGUCAUCCAAAAGAUCAGUGUGUGUGUGUGUGUGUGUGCGUGUGUGUGCGUGUGUGUGUGUGUGUGUGUGUCUGUGUGUGUGUGGGCUGUUGAUUUGUUCCACAUAAUUUAAUAUUGCAUUUUUUCCUUUCAUUUUUUGCGAAACGUGUAAAUGCCAUCAUCCGAUGCCAUUAGAGGUUCAGUAGAUGGUGAAGCUGCAUGUGUUUGUUUUGUGCAUGCAGAGACACGAGACACACAAUGUCUAAUCUGUUGGGUUUGCUUGAGACGGUGGCAGUGAUCUGAUGGUUGUGGUGCUGUAUGAGAGGAACAGGAUGAACUGUGCCUGUGUUGUGGCCAUUCACAGUCUCGACAUAAUGGAAAUAAGCCUGUGGCCGGAGAAAGAAGCACACGCACUCAUUCGUACUCAUCAGCUCACACGACACAGUGACCUCAACCAUAGUUGACUUCAGCUUAAGACUAAGCCUGUUAUUUUUAUGCUGCUGAUUCUUUAAACAGUUCUAUAGAGAACAAAUGUUUAACAAACACCAGAGAUGGCGACUAAUCAGCAGAAGUGAUGUGGAAAUUUCCAUUUGUAAAUUUUUCCACUAAAGCUGCUUGAAAACUGAGCAGAGAUUAUUGGUGACCUUUAAUCGUACUGUAACUCUUGCUGUCGUCUCUCACACACACACACACACACACACACACACACACACACACACACACACACACACACACACACACACACACACACACACACACACACACACAUCCUUGGGUGAUAUAAAAGUGGGGCCCCACCAUUGACAUAAUGCCUUCCCUAGCCCCUAACCCUAAUCAUCACAACUAAAGGCAGACGUCUAACCUUUGCUCUAAUCCGAACCAAACCUCAACUCUAACCUUAGCCCUAAAAUCACAUCUUGACCCUCAAAAAGGCCUUUAAAGUUGUGGGGCAAGCCAGGGGACCCCAAAAGUGGCCAUAGGGCCCCACUUUGGCAGAAAAAAAAGGAUUUGGGGCCCUACUUUGAUUUGACCACAAGGACACACACACACAUUUGUUGCCAGUUAUCUUUGAAGGAUAAGAUCCCAGUGCCCAUUCCUCAGGGUCCAAGCAAAGUGUGAUUUGUGAUUUAAUUGUGGUUGCUCACCAGUGGAAACCUGGGCUGUUGAAAUGAUAGGGACUGAAACAGAAACACACAAAACACAGGAAACUUUUCAGGGGGAGAAUUUGUUAUGACGUGCUUAGUAAGGGAGGACCAGGUCUUCCAGGAGGACCAGGUCUCCCAGGAGGACCAUAGGUGUUUCAGAGUCUCCCGUGGGUCGUAGCAAUCUACCGCAUUCAGGCAUGUUACCAAAAACAUUACAUUAACUACCUGCAUAUGUUUUUGGUAACAGUACUUCAGAGACUGGUCUGGUGUCGUUCUCUUACAGUCAGUGAAACAUCUAACAUAUUUACAGACACUUGUUAAAGCGCUGAGCCAAGCUGUGCUGUGACAGGUGAGCAUAGAACAAGGAUGAGCUUGUUUCCUAAAGGACACAGAAUAACAAAGAUAACGUGUAGUUUAAAAUGUAGCUCCGUAGAUUUCUUCUUUUUACCUCUUAAUAUUGUAAAGUAACUUGGUAAAUAAUUAAGAAGCAUGUUUAUUUUGUACAAAAACAUAAAAACGACAGAAUCAUAAUUGACCAUGUUUACCGUUGCUCAUCUCUGACUUGAUUUGUGGUUGUGUUGUUGGAGUCGGUUGGUCAUGUCCUACAACGCUGGAGCUCCAGUGGGAGAGGUCUGCCUUCAUAAGGCAGUUUUCAAAUCGCACAGUGAGACUUGGACGAGGCAGUGGAUACUAAUACUAAUGUAGCUUGUAGCUGCCACGUGCAGCUCCGUUUCUAGUGGUUCGUACUCUCAGAAAAUGGAAUUGCCAACGCUGCAAUUAAUUGAAAUGCAGCAUGUGUAAAUGUUUUGCUAAAUCCAGAAGCACAGCUUAAUCUGCAUCAUUUGUUUCUUUCACCACCAUCCAGGUCUUCAAAUUCAACUUUUAUUUGAAAAUGAAAAUGAAAGUGCAAUGUCUUCAGUAUUCCACUAGAGGGAGUGAUGCUGACACUCAGGGUAGUCAAAGCACAACAGAGGUCUGCGUCUGAGCUGUGACCACAAACACUGCGAAGAGGAAGGGUGCUACAUGUAGUUACAGUGGUGAGGAUAAGCACAAAGCUACUGAUACGAGCACAUCAAGGUUUUAUUCGGGGCGGUUCUACUGUAACUGGCGAUUUGUGGCUUUGGAGGUUCAGACAUUGCCACACCGAGCUGCUCUGUAACUACCACUCCUGCUGAUCACACAGGCUGUGGCGCUUCUUGUGGUACCACCCUGUCGUAUGUGCUGAGGCGAGGUAUCCGAGGACAGCGUGUGUGUGUGUGUGUGUGUGAGGGAGUGUUUCCUGUCUGAUUGCCCGUCUCGUGUGUUUAUGCUGUUGUGUGUGGGGCUUAGCCGCCGUGUCACCAUCUCUAUAGAUCCCGGCCCUCUCCGUUCCUGCUGCCCCCGCAGCUCCUCCUCCGUUGUACAGUAACGUAACCAACUAUAAUCACGCUGUGUGUGUGUGUGUUCAUGUCAAGGCUGGGUACGUGUGUUCGCUUUGGGCAGGUUUGGUUUCAUUUGUUUUUUUCUGGUAGCGUAACGUAGUUGAUGUCAGGUUAACGUGUACUCUGUGUAGUGGUGUAGCUCUUAUUGCUGAGCCUGCUUGUAGAGCAGGCGUAGUGUCGGUGUUGAUGUCCUCAAACCUGUAACGUGUCAGACCUAGAUGAGCCUGUUCACCUGUUCUGCUAACACCAUUCUAACAAUAUCUUUUAUGAGAAACUUUUGUACUAAGAGAAGAGAAAGAGAAGUGCAUAUUUUACCUUUGGAAUUUAACCAGUGUUAAUGACACUACUUUUUGUUUGUUUCCAAGGUUGUAUUAAUAGAAACGUAAGAUGAAGCCAGCUGAUAGUAAAACCUUGCCAAACAAAGAGCUUUGGAUCGAAACUUGAAAAACAAUAGCAUGGAUGGUUUUUACUUGAGCUCUGCUCUGAGGAGAAGGCGGCUACAGCUAUGAUAAUGUGUUUUAAACAGUAUUACAUGUACGUACAGAAGUACUUUCGCUGCCGCCUUUGACACUCAGCCGCCCUCGACCCACGCCUCUCGAGCGGCUUGAGCUCCAACAAAACAUUUACUAGAUACAAACAAACGGCAAAAGCAUCAGGAUCAGUUCACCUACAGUGUGCAGUUACUACAGUAUGUGAUGUCAGAUGACAGUGGAGCUUAAAUACCAGUCUAAUGUUGUGAAGUUGUUUCUUUAUUGGUAGAUUUUUGACUGUCUGACUACCAAAACAAUUAGGUCUUCAACACUGGGCCUCUAAAAAGAUCACGGCUGGGCCCAGUUCCUAAUGUUCACUCACUUAUCUCACCAACUAACACUGUAUGAUGCGCCGGCUGCGCAGAAAGCCACUGGUGUUGAAGCGUGAACAUUUGGACUAUUGUUAACAGAACAACUGCUUCGUUCACUGCACUAAACAAAGCUGUGACUCGACCUGGUUCUUGUGCUUCUCUGUGGUUUACAGGACGUUACCUCUUAAAUUUCUACUAAUGCUCAGUUACAGGAAGCAUAAUCUCACGUUACAGCACUUUAAAAAAUCAUCAAGUCACAGCAUAUUACUAAAACCUGAAAUACAGUAAAUACAUGUAUUUUUCUGUGAUCUGGCUGCAAGAAAAUGAACUAAAUACUUUACUUUUGUUAUGCUGAUGUGAAUUGUUUAAUGGGAGAGAAAAGCACAAGAAGAUAAAGAGAAGACAGUUCUGGUACAUUCUAUCAUAUCUAUUUGUCGAGCUAACCACGUCUGCUAUUCUUGUUGUUCAACCUUUAGGGCCAAAAUCCAUUGAAAUGUCUUAGUCCUGUCAGCUGUAUAUUGUAAACUGUUGAAUUACAAAAUGGUAAAUAAAAUCUAUUUUAAAGAUCA